GGAAAGUGAAGGUGGGGCUGAGAGCUCGCUUGGGCUUGGGACCCAUCCUCUCCCUUUGGUCUUUGCUGCUAACUUCACGGAGAAGUUCUCUUUCGGCCUUUUCUUCUCUGUGUUUUCCUUUCCCCUGAAAGAACGAUAACCAAAAUCUUAAAUCCUCGUCUCACUCCAACUUCAGUAUUUUUCACAACACACCAGGUGAUACUGAUAACCCCAUUUUAAAGGAAAAACAAAAUGAUCCAAUCUUCUCUUUACUAGCAAAUCGGUGAAUUGCUUCCCUCUCAGCUUCCCUCUCUCUUUUUAAUUGUUUUAAAGAUAUAUAUAUUUAUUUAUUUUUCUUUUCCGGCUCUGCAAUUUUGAGCUUUGUUUUGAAAGUUAUUCGAUUUUUGCAUGGGAAAAAGUAAGAUGAUGAAGAGAAGAAAAACCCAAAAGGCAAAAAUAAGAAAAAGAAAUGAAAAAGACCUAUGCGUAUGCGCCCAAACGUGUUUCUUACACAACCGGGCCUAGGUAGUUAUGGAGAAGCAAGAGUCUGAACUGUUUUAUUUAAUGGGUUUCCUCUGUAAUUUAGAUAGUUUAUAUUUAAUAUAAUAUUUGUAUAGUUGCUUCUUUUAGAUACUGUUUUUCGCUACUUGAAUUGCUAGUUUCGUUGGUUAAUUUAGUUCUUUUUGAGUUGUUUCUUACUGGGUUUUUUCUUCCCUUUAUGGAUGAGCUUCUGAUCGUUACUUAUGGCUUUUCUACUUGCAGUGAAACUAUCUGCACAGGUGUUUCAAGUUAGAAUUUUCGGUUUCCCUUAAAAGGGUUUGAUUGUUCCACUUUUAGCUUCUUCUUUUUUCUUUUUUUUAUAAUAUGGCAUCAUCUCAUAGCAAUACUCACACUGAAGCCGCAAAAUUGGAACAAAUCAUCACUGAAUUCUUCUAUAAGAGUCUUCUAAUUAUACUUGAAUCGAGGUCUCCUUAUGUGUCAUCGCGAAAUUAUAGUGGUGAACAAAUUAUGUCAUCUCCAUCUUCGUCCUCAUCAUCUUCCUCAGGUGUGAGACCAAGAGAUAAAUGGUUCAAUUUAGCUCUUAGGGAGUGCCCUUCAGCACUAGAAAAUUUUGAUCUUUGUCGCCAGAGUAAUUUUGAGCCGGUAGUGGUUGAUGUUAUCUUGGAGCAGAAGCAACUUGAUUGGGAUCCUGUAACCUUUUCCCCCAAAAGUGAUCUUGUUAAGCAUUCUUCAUCAAAAGAUAAGAACUCAUUUUUCUGGAAUUCUGAUCAAGAAGAAUCAGGCUGUGAGGCAAAAGGUGAGAAGGUUAUAGAAAGGUGGUUCGUGCAGCAUGAAAGUAGAAAGGGUAGGGAUUGCAGUUCAGGGAGUAGAAGGUCAAGUAGUAAUAAUUUGAGUGCAUUAUAUAAGAAAUUGAUAUUGCUGUUGAGGUCCUUAUAUGUGACUGUUAGGCUUUUACCUGCGUACAAGAUUUUUCGUGAUCUCAAUUCAUCUGGUCAAAUCCGUGCUUUUAAGCUUGUUCCUAGGGUAUCCUCUUCUGUUGAAUCUUUCACUCAGAAAGAAGAGGCCGAAAUGCAGCGAUUUUGGUUCACCCCUGUGGAUACUUCUUGUGGAAGGCUUUGCCUUUCAGUUUUGUACCGUUCAUCAAUCUCAGAUAUAAGCUCCGAGUCAUCAACCCCUAUGUCCCCUCAAUUUAUACCAGAUUAUGUUGGAAGCCCAUUGACAGACCCACUGAGAAGAUUUCCUUCUCUUCCUGUGUCACAGGGCUCUCCAUCAUCUUUGCCAUUCUCAAGGAGACAUAGUUGGAGUUUUGAUCGUUACAAGGCUUCACCGCCUUCAGUUUCUUUCUCACCAUCCCCAACACAUUCGGAAUCACAUGCUUUGGUUUCUAACCCAAGCUCUCGCCGUGCGCCACCUAUGAGCUUACCUCCUCAUCCUCCUGGGGCAUCUCUACCUCAUAAGAAGAAUACAAACUUUGAUGAGUAUUGGCCUUCCCCUAAUUUUUCUGCUUCCCCUUCGCCAUCCCCAUCCCCUUCCCCCUCGCCAUCACCUCCCAUCCGCAUUCCUGGGGGUCAUCUGUCAAAAGCUCUUUUACGUUCUGAAAGUGCUCCUGUUAACAUACCUGUCCGUAAGCUUGCUGGUUCCCCUGCAUUGUCCUGCAAGCAAAAUCUGCCACCAUCUCCUCCCCUUAAAAUUUCAAGAGCUGAUAUUUCUUGGACUGAUAAUAAUAUGGGUCCCAUGAAAUCUGGCGCAACUAUCGAGAAGCUGUUCUCUUUCGGGAAAGGAGACGGUCAGAAAUAUUCUGGAGUGAACUCACCCAGAACUUCAUUUUUCAGAAGCUCCAGUAGGUCUAUACAAGAUGAUUUUGAUGACUCUGAGGUUCCUUGUCCAUUUGAUGUGGAGUAUGAUGAUAUGGACCCUGGUAGCAGGCCCGAGUCCUAUGAUAGAAGAGGAAAUCCAUCUGAUCCAAAUGAGGCAGGGUUGUUUAUGAAUAGAAAAUCCCAAGAUGCUGCGGUUGGUGCUCUUGUACAGAUGCUGAAGAAAGCCCCUCCACUUCGCCAAGACAUCCCAAGUUCGAUAAAUUUUUCAGAAGCCUCGAGGCCAGAAAUGUGGAAUAACAACAUCCAAGAGCAAAACCAGAACACAGAGGCUGUGACCGUUGAACAUGAUGCUUCUUCAAUUAUUACAUCUUCUAGGCUUGUCGCAUCAAUGACAACGGCAGAUGCAUUAGAGGAACUUCGGAGUUACAAAGAGAUGAAAAACUUGUUGCUUAGUGAAGGUGGUAAGUCUUGCAUAUCUGCCAAUUUAACCUCUGGGGCUAAACAUUCUGGCGAAGGUACAUGAGAAUGAUCAACUUAUGUGAUAUUGGUAUAGUUGCACAUAUGUAGAGCGCUAUGGUUUGAAAGACUACUACUACAUGCUAUACAGCUGAAGCCAUUUUCCUCUUUUUGUGAUCAUAGGAGUAUAUAUAUACAAUAUAUGUGUUUUUGGUUAAGAUUUAUGUUAACAACAGAAGGGUUAUCUGUUGGCCCCGAAAACUUUGUAAAAAGCACUUUUGUCUCUGAUCCUAAGUAACAUAAUUGCACAUAAUUUUAGAUGUUGUGUAAGGGUUGCGCAUGCUUUGAUA